AUGAGCAAAUCUACUGGUGUUCGCUUACUAGCUAAUGGUGUUGCCUCUUGUUCAGCACAGGCUUCAAUUUACGGAAAAUGUAUUGCUGCUAAUUAUCAAGGUGUCACCAAAGACAUGUGUCAAAAGGAAUUUCAAGCAUUUAAGCAAUGUGUUCAACUAGCUGUAAAGAGGAAAUGGUAA